AUGGACUAUAAGGGCGGAGACGUGCCAUCAUCAACGGUUGACCAUAGCUUGACCGGAGAAAAUAAAACGAACAAGAGAAAAAUCAAUUACUUAAAACUUAGCUGGGGAGGCAAAACCUCUGGGAAAAAGCAAAAGUGCUCUCCAAUUCUCACUGCCACUCACAAGUUUCUUCCCUCUUUGACCAUGAUGCCGUACGGCGAAAUCGGCGACGAUUUCUGCUCACUCGACUGUGAUCCCGAUGCUUCUGACAUCAACCUCUCUUCUUCCUCCUCGUCUUCUUCUUUUGCUACUUCUUCUUCCUCUUCUUCCUUCUCUUCCUCCUACUCGGCGGCUGGGCUUGAAGUUUGCGCUUCUACGGAUGAUCCCUCACCCAAAAUGGAGAAAGACCCUAGAAAAAUAGCCAGGAGGUAUCAGCUGGAUCUGUGUAAGAAAGCAACGGAGGAGAAUGUUAUCGUAUAUUUGGGAACUGGUUGUGGGAAGACUCACAUUGCAGUGAUGGUUAUAUAUGAGCUUGGCCACUUGAUCCUUAGCCCCCAAAAAAGUGUUUGUGUUUUCCUUGCUCCCACAGUGGCUUUAGUUGAACAGCAAGCUCAAGUCAUAGCAAAGUCUAUCAACUUCAAAGUUGCAACACAUUGUGGUGGAAAUCGGACGUUGAGUAGCCAUUCUGACUGGGAGAGAGAGCUUUCAGAGAAUGAGGUUCUCGUCAUGACACCACAAAUACUUCUGCAUAACUUACAGCACUGUUUCAUCAGGAUGGAGUGUAUUUCUCUUCUAAUAUUGGAUGAGUGUCACCAUGCUCAAGAGCAAAGCAACCAUCCUUAUGCACAAAUCUUGAAGGUUUUCUAUAAAACAGAAGGUUUACAACGACCUCGUAUCUUUGGAAUGACUGCAUCUCCAGUCGUUGGCAAAGGGUCUUUUCAAUCAAAGAAUUUAUCGAAAAGCAUAAAUAGCCUUGAAAAUUUGCUCAAUGCCAAGGUUUACUCAGUGGAAAGCAAUGUCCAGCUGGAUGGUUUUGUUUCAUCUCCUAUAGUCAAAGUAUAUUAUUAUCAGUCAGCUAUGAGUGAAGUAUCUCAAUCAACCAUCAUAUAUGAAGACAUGCUGAAGGACAUCAAACAGCGGUGCUCGGCAUCACUAAAGCAGCAAAUUGAUACCCAUCAAACACAGAGCCUCUUAAAUAUGAAAAAGCUUCUCAAUAAAACUCAUGAUAAUCUCAUAUAUAGUCUGGUGAAUCUUGGCCUCUGGGGAGCAAUACAGGCUGCUAGAAUCCAGUUGAAUAGUGGCCAUAAUGCACAAGAACAGCCUGUAGAAGAGAAUCUCAAGUCAAAGAUAUGUGAUAAAUAUCUUUCUCUGGCUGCCGAAGUUCUUUCUUCCAGUGUUCCUAAAGAUGCCUCUGAACUCCUCAGCUUAACGGCGUUGAAGGAACCGUUUUUCUCUAGAAAGCUAUUACAAUUAAUUAAAAUCCUUUCGGCAUUCAGGAUAGAGCCACACAUGAAGUGUAUCAUAUUUGUCAAUCGGAUUGUGACUGCAAGAACGUUGUCACACAUACUAAAUCAACUGAAACUUCUACAGUCCUGGAAGUCUGAUUUUCUUGUUGGACUUAGUUCUGGAGUGAAGAGCAUGUCAAGAAAGAGUAUGAAGACAAUUCUUGAAAGGUUCCGAUCUAAAGAGCUCAAUCUAUUGGUUGCCACUAAAGUUGGCGAAGAAGGUCUUGAUAUUAAGACAUGCUGUCUUGUGAUCCGUUUUGAUUUACCAGAGACUGUUACCAGCUUCAUUCAAUCCAGAGGCCGUGCUCGGAUGCCUCAGUCUGAAUACGCGUUUCUAGUGGACAGGGGAAACGAGAAAGAGAUGGAUCUGAUUGAAAAUUUUAAACUAAGUGAAGAUCGAAUGAAUAUGGAAAUUACUUCCAGAACGUCAGAGGAAACUUGUCCUAGUCUUGUUGAUGAGGUAUACCGAGUUCCUGAGACAGGAGCUUGUAUCAGUGGUGGAAGUAGCAUCUCCCUUCUCUAUAAAUAUUGUUCUAGGCUUCCACAUGAUGAAUUUUUUCAGCCCAAGCCAGAGUUUGAAUUCAAACCUGUUGACGACCUAGGUGGAACUAUCUGUCGCAUAAUUUUACCUGCUAAUGCUCCUAUUAGUGAAAUCGUCAGCUCACUACUACCUUCGACUGAAGCUGCUAAAAAGAAUGCUUGUCUAAAGGCUGUGUAUACGUUGCACAACUUGGGUGUACUGAACGAUUUUCUGUUGCCAGACUCAAAGGAUGAAGUUGAGGACGAAUUGUCAGAUGAUGAAUUUGAUUUUGAUAAAGUUGAAGGUGUGGGCUGUUCACGAGGCGAACUCUAUGAGAUGCUUGUUCCUGACUUGUUUAAACAAAAGUGGGAUCUAUCAAAGAGGUGUAUCAAUCUUCAUUCUUACUAUAUAAGGUUUGUGCCUCAUCCUGCGGAUAGGAUCUACAAAAAUUUUGGUCUCUUCAUGAUGUCACCUCUUCCCAUUGAGGCUGAGACUAUGGAUUACGAUCUUCACCUUGCUAAUCAAAGGUCUGUAAGUGUGAAGAUUUCUCCAGCGGGAGACGCUGAAUUCGACAACGAUGAGAUAAGGCUAGCAGAGGCUUUCCAGGAGGUUGCCCUGAAAAUCCUUUUUGAACGGAAAGAGCUCAUUCCGGAAUUUGUUCCCUUAGGGCUGCAAGACUCUUUUAGAACAAGCAAAUCUACCUUCUACCUUCUUCUUCCAAUUAGUCUGCAUGAUACAGAAAGUAUAUCCGUAGAUUGGGCUACUAUCAGAAGCUGCUUGUCAUCACCAGUCUUUAAGGCUCCAUCUGGUUUAGUGGAAAAUAUAGUUCCUCCUGUGGGAUCUCAUUUAAAGCUUGCAAAUGGCUGCUGGGAUAUUGAUGAUGUCAAGAACAGCGUGGUUUUUGCAACCCACAAAAAACAGUUCUACUUUGUCACUGAUAUCUGUCAUGGAAGAAAUGGUUUCAGUCCUGCCAAAAGAUCAAGCACGCAAAGCCAUUUGGAGAGCAUAUAUAAUAGGUACAACGUGGAACUCAAGCAUCCUGAACAGCCACUCUUGCGUGUGAAACCACUUUGUUAUGUUCGGAACUUGCUUCACAACAGAAAGCGGAAGGAUUUGGAACCACAUGAACUUGAGGAAUAUUUCAUAGAGAUUCCUCCCGAGCUCUCUCAGUUAAAGAUAAUAGGAUUAUCUAAAGACAUUGGAAGUUCAUUAUCCUUGCUACCAUCAGUCAUGCACCGUAUGGAGAAUUUACUCGUUGCUAUUCAACUGAAACACGUGCUGUCUGCUUCUAUCCCCGAGAUAGCUGAAGUUUCUGGUCACAGAGUACUUGAGGCGCUCACAACAGAGAAAUGUCAGGAGCGCUUUUCUCUGGAAAGGCUUGAAGUGCUCGGUGAUGCAUUCCUCAAGUUUGCUGUUAGCCGGCACCUCUUUCUUCACCAUGACAGGCUUGAUGAAGGAGAGUUGACUCGGAGACGCUCAAAUGUUGUCAACAAUUCCAACCUCUUCAGGCUUGCAAUCAAAAGAAAUUUGCAGGUUUACAUCCGUGAUCAAUCAUUCGAUCCUACGCAGUUCUUUACAUUUGGCCAUCCAUGCAGAGUAACUUGUGACGAGGUUGUGAUGAAAGAGGUUCAUUCCUUGGAUAAGGGUCCUGGGCUUCUGGAAUCAGAGACUGGUGAAAUCAGAUGUAGCAAAGGUCAUCAUUGGUUGUACAAGAAAACAAUUGCUGAUGUGGUUGAGGCUCUUGUGGGAGCUUUCUUAGUUGACAGUGGGUUCAAGGGGGCCACUGGAUUUCUUAAAUGGAUUGGUAUAAAUGUGGAUUUUGAGUCCUUGCAAGUACGAGAUGCUUGUGUUGCAAGCAACCGCUACAUGCCACUCACUACUCACUUGAAUUUGGCGGCCCUUGAAAAUCAACUUGGCUAUAAUUUCCUCCACAAAGGUCUACUUCUACAAGCCUUUAUUCAUCCAUCUUACAACAGGCAUGGAGGAGGCUGCUACCAGAGAUUGGAGUUUCUUGGGGAUGCUGUUCUGGACUACUUGAUGACAUCCUAUUUCUUCACAGUCUUCCCGAAACUGAAACCUGGUCAACUGACCGAUCUAAGAUCGCUCUCAGUAAAUAAUAAGGCGCUUGCAAAUGUUGCUGUCAGUUUUUCGCUAGAGAAGUUUAUAUUUUGCGAAUCUAUAUAUCUCCAUGAAGCUAUAAAGGAUUAUACCAACUUCGUGGCAGCGUCACCACCAUUGGCAAGUGGACCAUCUGAAGGUCCAAAAUGCCCAAAGGUUCUCGGUGACUUGGUAGAAUCCGUUUUGGGGGCUCUUUUUCUGGACUGUGGGUUCAACUUGAGUCAUGUCUGGACAAUAAUGCUAUCAUUUCUCGAUCCAGUCAAAAACUUGUCAAACCUGCAGGUUAGUCCUGUGAAGGAACUGCUUGAAUUUUGCCAGUCUUACAAGUGGGAUCGGGAGAUAUCAGUGACGAAGAAGGAUGGUGCUUUCUCUGUUCAAUUAAAAGUGACCAAGAAAGGUUCUUGCCUUACAACUACUGCAACUGGUCGGAACAAAAGAGAGGGCGCGAAAAAGGCUGCACAGCUGAUGAUUACAGAGCUGAAGGCUCAUGAGCACAUAAAAACCUCCAAUCCGUUGGAGGCUGUUCUGAAGAAUAGCUGCCGAAAUGAAGCUACACUGAUUGGCUACGAUGAAGAGCCUAUAGAUGUUGUGGAUCUCGAUGGGCUGGAAAUUGAAAACCUGAGACUCCAAGAAACUUUUGACGAGGAUCCUGUGACUGAGAGCAAGACUAGUGAAACAAGCAGCUCAUACAUCAUCAGACGAGUUCUCACCCAGGAACCAUCCAAAGAAGAAGAUAGCCCCACUCAAAAGACCUUCAGAGACGCAGGUGGACCAAGCAGCAAAACCGCAAAAUCCCUCUUGCGCGAAACAUGUGUUGCCAACUGUUGGAAGCCACCAAACUUCGUAUGCUGCGAGGAGAAAGGACCAGGCCACCUGAAAUCAUUCACUUAUAAGGUAAUCCUGGAAGUUGACGAGGCCCCCAAUAUGAGAUUGGAGUGUUAUGGUGAAGCUAAAUCAACUAAGAAAUGUGCUUCAGAGCAGGCUGCCGAAGCUGCUCUAUGGUGCCUAGAGCAUACCGGAUUCCUUCGCCGAUGA